AAUAAUUUUAAUGCUAGUGUGAUAUGUUGACCAAUUUGGGUUCAAUCUCUUCCCUUGAACCCCAUCACCAUUUUAAUGCCUAAGGCCAGAAAGAGAACAAGAAAUGGCAAAAGCUAGCCUUUUCUUCAGCUUCUGUUCUACACUAAUGGCUGCAGUAUUUGCUUAUUCUGCAUCUGUCCAGUUAAACGACCUUGAUUGGUACUUUUGGUUCCCCCUCUAUGCUUGUGCUUCUCUUGUGAAUUUAGUGAAUUGGGCAAUCUCCUCAAAGACAAUAGUCAGGCAAAUUGCAAAGGUGACAAUAUUGCUAGGUAUAUUCUUGUUUUUGAAGGUUGUAAUAGAAGGUUUUGUAAGUGGAAAAACUGGUUUCUGGUCGUUAGAUUUGAGUGAGAGAGUUGCUAGAGAGAAAACUGGUAGUGGGUUAGUUAUAAUUUCCUUGAUUUUGCAUUUGGAAGCAUCAUCUGAGCCAAAACAAUCCAGUUCAAGAAAGGAUGGGAAUAAAAAGGGAUUCCCAACAUGUGUUGAAUAUGGUAUGGCAAUCUUGGUGACCUUCAGUUUUGGACUUCCCUUCAUCUUCUUCGUAGUUAAAAAUGGAGAAAUGAGAUUUGAUCAGGGCAUUCUUGAAAAAUAGGAUAUCAAUUUGCUUUAAUGUUACACAAAUGUAUUAAGUCC